GGUAAUGAGAAGAUUUUGCAGCAGUAAGGAAAAAUUCCUUGUGUGAAAAUUAUAAUUUGCAAAAAUAAAAGCAAAUGAAAUAAAUGUUUAUUUAAUUCAUAAAAACUGAAAUGCUCAUACGACGCUGCGGAAGUGGAAAAAAUCCAAAUAAGAGGAAAAUACAAUAAAUGGGAGAAAGACUGUACGAGCAGAGAUACCACGAAGCAAGGAAACAGAAACGGCAGUGGAGACGACAGCUACAAAGAUCGAACUAUUGUUUAAAUUGGAAGAAUGUGUGACGUGUGUUCGGAUUUUUUACAUUUGCUAGAGUCGUAUGAGGCGAGAAUAACUAGCAAUGAUGCAAAACAUUCAAUACUAUUAAAGAGCGAAAUUGAAAUAGCAUUCAUAUAUAUACAGACAUGGCCACAACGUCAAUGCAUGUGCUUAUAUAGGGACUUAAAAAAUUAUGAACGUUUUAAUCUCAUACUGCAGUCUAUGAUAUUUCUAUCAGUACAUCAUCUUAAACAUAUAUCAAGACUCAUCGAAGAUUACAAACGUUUAACAGCAAGUGCAGCUCAAGCUGUGGCGCAAGCACAAAAAAAUGCUGCGGCAGACAAUGCAGCAUCAUCAUCAUCGUCCAAAACUGUUUCCAAAGAAACAGAGGCCACAACUAAAUCGGAUGAAAAGCCAAAAGAAUGUAAAGAUAAUGAGAAAGCUCAAACAGUUUCAACAGCGAAAUCCCUCUCCCCGCCAAUACAACACUCUACCCAACAUACAGAGGAACCAUGGAUAUUACCUGAAGUUGAAAAACUAUUUAUAUUAGUAUCCAAAAUAUUUCUGCUCAACUUUCCACUUUAUAUUGCAUACAAGCACGGUACCCAUGCACGUCUUGAUGAUAUUUCUGCCGAAGAGGCUCAACAUUUGGCUUUAUUUUGUGAUUUACAUGAUAACGAAAUUCCUGUUUAUUUACUACGAAAUAUUUGUCUUUUUUGCAAUUCUGGAGGAUUUGCAGCUAUGAUGAUGUGUUUCGAGCAUCCAGAGUUAUCAGUUAGUACGGCGCAUGCUAUAACGGCAACUGUUUCCAAUAUUAAAUUAUGGUUGAAUUACGGUUGCAUAGUGCAGUUAUUUGUACCUUUACGAAGUAGGGUUCUACAGUACAUGUGCAAAUUAUCCGAUCAAAAUUUGCGUUUGGCAGCAGCUCGUGCCAUGGCUGACUUUGUUUGGUCAGCUGUACGCGACCCUUUAGAUAGCGCUGUAAGUUUUGAUAUUGAGAGCUUGGCUCUUGCAUUCAAAUAUUUUACAUCAACAACUUUAACAAUGCGUCUUACAGGUAUGGCGCAAAUAAAUGCACAUGUAAAUUUGUUUAAUGAAAUAUGUACGACGGAAACUGUGGGUGAGGUAGAAAUUGUGGGACAAAAAAUUGCAAAUUGGUUAACAGAAAAUCAUAUUAUACAACAUCUUUUUGGUCCAAAUUUGCACGUAGAAGUUAUAAAACAAGCUCACACCGUAUUAAAUUUUCUUGCCGUUGAAAAUCAAAUAACUGAUGAACAUAUAAAAUUAAUUUGGCAAGCUACACAAUUGAAACAUUGUUCAAAAACCAUCUUUGACAUACUGCCAUCGUUAGUUAAGAAUUUAGCACCUCGACCAGCCAUGCAUCUAUACUCUCUGUUGUGUCGCAUGGACCCUAAAGAUCAUACUGAACAAAGUAUUUAUAUAGCCUCAGCUUUAACAAAAUUAAUAUGGUCCAGAGAUAAUUCACGUGCUCAAAUGAAUUUAAUGCAAGAGCAUUUAUUAGCUAACGUAACAGCAUCUAGUUCAGAUAGUGGUAGCAUGGAUGGGAGUAAUUCAGAUGAUGAUCCAGCUAACGGUGACGAUAGUAGUGUAGCAAGUGGUCGAAAGAGUCCAAUAGAUAUUGAACAUGUUGGUUCUGAUACCGGUGUCACACCUAGCAAGCAAGCCCGCCGAAGACAUCACGUGUGCGAUCCUACAGAAGAAAAAAAUAAACAUAUUACAGAGGAGGAAAUGGCGAUUAUAAAUUCAAAAGUUGAUUUAAAAAUGCAAAAUCAUCGUAUGGUAAAUAUAAUUGAUAACUCCAGUAGUGAAGACGAAAUGCCUCAAAGCAACUUGAAUAUGACACUUCAUAGAAAAAAAUCACGUAAACGUCGAAAAGGUAAUAUGCCUAUGACACGUAUUGCACAUGAAAUUGUUGAGGCUAUUUGGGAUAAUGGUGAAGAUGAAGCAUCUAGUGACGAAGGGGAAGAUGUUGAUGGUGAAAUUUUAAACGAUAGCGAUGAUUGCAGUGAGACAGGACAAGUAAUGCCUAGUGCUGUAUUAAAACAUUUACAAGGUGAAGGACCCUAUAUUCGUGCGAUAGCUGAGACACAUAUUAGCGAAUUACUUAGUGGUGCGGAAAAUGAUGGAAGUUAUUCUUCGCCAAUGAGCAAUAAAUCCGAUAAGAAUUUGGCUGAUUUUGAUGAUGAAGAUGUAUCACCUUGCGAAGAAGAAUUAGUUCAGCUAGUGAGAACACAUGCUACCCAUGCUUCACAUGCGGCACACAAUUGUGUUUCACCCGCAUUUGCUGCUGCUGCUGCAGCAAUGGCUGCAGCUCACUCUGCUAUGGUUCUGCAAAAAACUGAUCCAAAUGUAGCCGUUGCAGCAGCUGCGGUUGCUGCAGCAGCUGUCGCCACCGGCAACGCACAAAAAUCGUUGGAAGCAAUGAGACAGCAACAAGUCACACUUGCAAAUGUAGCAGCUAAAGUAGCGUGUGCGAAACAUGAUAAUGAUAUGGAUGUUGAUAGACAUAAGGAUAUGCAGAAGCCAUCAACUAGUAGCGGGAUAACGUUACAGUUCGGUCAACCGACAUUCAAAAUAAAUGAUGUGUGUCAGCCAGGCAACACUCUUCUAUGGGACUUAUUGCAGGAUGAUAAAAUUUUUCAAUUAGGAGAGACGCUAGCUCUUGAAGCUGAAAAAGCAUUGGCUACAUUACUUUGCUUUAGUGUUGAUCGGUUGUUGCGCACCAAAUUUAUUGAAGGUUGUUUACAAAAUUUGGCUAAUAAUCGAAGUGUGAUUGUUAGUUUACGUUUGUUACCGAAAUUGUUUAAUUCAUUUCGACCAUCUGAUACGCAUCCGGUGACUAUGUGGGCCGAACGUCAGCAUGGCAUGAUGUACCAUUUCUUCAAUAAUAUUAAAUUUUAUGCCAAACAACAUGCCGAACAAUUAUCUAAAAGCAACGAACAACAAACGGACACUCCAAUGUAUACGCACAAAACGCAAGUUUCUGUACGUUUAAAUUUCCUGUCUUCCAUAUUUUCAACUGUUGGAUCACCUAAAACAUUUCGUUUAAGUCUUGAUCAAGUUGAUUCCCUUUGGGAAUGGUUGGCACAUGAUCCUGAAUGUGGUGACUGUUUCUUUUCUUGGGUCCAAAGUCAAUCUAAAGGUGGUGAUCAACAUGCGUUAGGUGUAGAAGCGUUGCAGCAUUUGUACUUAAACAAAUUGCCAGAAUUACGUCCAGAAAAUUUUUCUAUGGUAGCUUUAAGUCUCUUUCAACAACUUUGCAGUUUGGCGCGUAUGGCAAUUGCACAUUAUGAGAAGCAAAUUGAUAGCAUUACAGCAGCAUCUUCAAAUGUUGUAGGCAUGUUUCACUUAUGGAAAAUUGCUUUACGAGCACAUAAUUCAGAUGUAUCUAUGGCUGCGAUUCAGUACAUUAAUCUAUAUUAUAUGGGACAACAACUGAGACUAGAAAAAGAGUUUGUUUCGCAAUGUAUGGAACAUUUGGUGCAAGCAGCUGGCGCUUUAGAAAACAAUGAAGAUGAUAAUGCUUUAAUGUGCGUUCAACGGGGAUUAACAUUGCUUAACACCCAUCUGGAAACAUUUCGUCGCCGAUAUGCUUUUCAUUUGCGUCGCUGGGCAAUAGAAGGAAAAAGCAUUGGAUCACAUAGUAAUUUGAAGAAUGACAAUACUGGUACAGCGAUUCGUGUUGUUCUGCAACCUGCCGGCAUAUCUGAUAAAUCCAUACUACAUAUGCAUACUGGCGAUUUAAUAGCAGAUUUAAAAGCAGAAAUAUCAAAAUGGUGGGAAAAUUUACAAGGCAACUCAAAUUCAGGAGUAUCUGCGCCAGUUUUAGGUCUUUUACUUAGCGAAGGUCCGCUUAGAAUCAUCACACAAGGUCAGGAAUUAACAUCAGAAUAUGAUGAACGUUCAUUAUCAGAUGCUGGCUUUAAAGACAAUCAGAUUGUUUAUGUUUCGCUUGGCGGACGUGGAGCUCGUAGAAAAGAGACGAAUUUAGAUCAUCCUUCUAUGCAACCACCACCACCAAAAGAUUGUUUACCUACAGUAUUAUUGUUGCAACCAAAGUAUCUGGAAAAAUUAUUUUGUUUAAUGCAAACAUUAGGAGAUAUGAAACCGCAAUCUAAUGUUAUUCAUAUUUACACAAAGGCGCAAUUUCUGUCACGUAAAGUAUGGGAUAUUUUGGCAAUAUUGCCAACAAAUCCGAUAGUUCUUGAUAUUCUAAAAAGCUUUAGAAUAGACUUUAAUAAUUGCGACACUCAGCAGUCGGAACAGGAGCAAACUACCAAGCGGAAAGCUAUAAAGGAAAAACUAUGCGACCUAUUCGAUCCAAGCAAUUUGCAAAAAUUUAUGUACACAUUGCAUAUCGUAGAAAAUUUAAUUCUUAACAAUGGUUUUCAAAAUAGGAAUAGUCUCUCGUGUUGUAAUAUCAAUGGUAACAUAUUGCAAACUGAAACGGUUUCACGCGGAUCCAAAAAUAAUAAUAUAUCAAAAAAAAUUGCCAAUAGACGACGUAAUAGUAAUGAGGGAGUAGGCAUUAUGGAAGAUAGCAAACGAACUAAUUCGUCCACAGAUACUCAAGCACAGAAAGAUUCGCCGGAUACAGUGAUACAAAAGGAUAUUGCAGCUAGUUCUACAACAGAAAAUGAUUCAAAUGAAACAAAUGCUGAUGCACGAAAUAAUGAUAAAGAGAACAAUCCAGUAAAACAAAUUAAACGUCAAAAAAAGUGUGAUUGUAGCCAUUCACAUGAGGAGCAGAAAGAAAAUGAAAAAGAGAGACAAGUAUUAAUUGGAAAUGAUUCGUCAUCGAGUGUUCAUCAAGAAUCUAAGUGGAGUGAAGUAUUCAUAAAAUGUGGAGGUCUUAAACAUUUAUAUGAUAUUCUAAUAACAGGGCAACUACAAAAAAGUGCUUAUCCAAAAGAAAUAUUAAAUGAAUGGCGCCAUGAUUGCUUGGCAAGCUUGCUACGCAUAAUAUGGUUACUUGGAUUCGAAGAAAUACAAGCCGACGAUAUGCAUGUAACUAUAUCCCGUCCAUUACCAUUCAUGUUGGAACUUUUAGAAGAAAGUCCAUGCUUGCGAAGGCUAGCAACAAUACUGAAUGAUGAAGCUUAUCAGAACUAUAUAGCCACAUCGUUGCCAUUUCACUAUCAUAACUUACGAACUGGCUUUUAUAGUCGAGCGCAUGUAGUGCAAUAUACGAUGAAUAUUAUGGUAAGUUUUGUGCAUGCUUCUGCAGAGGCUAGACGUACUCUAUGGGCGCAACAGGACUACUGUAAUUGGGUACUGAAAUUUAUACUUGAAGAUCCAGAUCCAAUGGUACGGCGUGAAAUAUGUGCAGGGCUCUAUCGUAUUUGUUUAGGAAAUGCACAAAGCUAUCAGGUAUUAUUGGCCCCACUACUACGUAAACUAAUUUCCUUUUUGCCAGCAGCUGAGAAAAUGACUACUUAUGCUCAGCAUGCGCAGUUUUUACUUUGCGAUGAAGGCAAAGAACCUUAUGGACCAGCUUGUCGUGAUUACUUUUGGCUAUUGGCACGCCUAGUAGAUACAUUAACGCCAGAAAUAAUAAAGUCAUCAUUGGAUGAUGUGCAAGCUGAUGAGGAAGCCAUUGAUAUUGAACGGCUCUGUGUGUCAGUAUCACAAAGCAUACUUACUCGUGAUUAUCAUGAGACACGAUACGGUUUUCAGGAUGAUGGUUUAGUGGGUCUCAUUAAUCUAAUGUCGAAUUUAGUUAAAUACGAUUCUACAUUUAAGUUCAGUUUAAAUGCUUUACAAUUUAUAGAUAAAGUGUUUGAAUUUCUUUUUGAAAUGCCCUCGCCAACCAACAGACAGAAGCCUAAGUGUAAAUCAACAACAUCACGAGCUGCUGCUUAUGACCUUCUAGUGGAAAUGUGUAAAAAUUGCCCCAAAAGUUAUACAUACUUACAUGCAAAACUGCUGGCACAGAAUACGCCUGGUCCAAAACCUCCAUAUCCUUGGGACUAUUGGCCACGAGACGAAGGUCGGGCGGAAUGUGGCUAUGUUGGAUUGACAAAUUUAGGUGCUACAUGUUAUAUGGCGUCCUGCAUACAACAUUUGUACAUGAUGCCUCAGGCGCGUAUGGCGGUAUUAUGCGUUCCUCCAUCUAGUGCGCUUAAACAUGGUCCUACCUUAUUGGAGUUACAACGAAUGUUCGCAUAUUUACUUGAGUCGGAACGAAAAGCUUAUAACCCCCGUUCAUUUUGCCGUGCAUAUCAAAUGGAUCACCAACCACUGAAUACUGGCGAACAAAAAGAUAUGGCUGAAUUUUUUAUCGAUUUAGUUUCAAAACUUGAAGAAAUGACACCAGAACUUAAAGACUUAGUAAAACGUUUGUUUUGCGGGACACUGAGUAAUAAUGUUGUUUCUCUAGAUUGCGGCCAUGUAUCACGUACAGCCGAAGAGUUCUAUACUGUACGUUGUCAAGUAGCUGAUAUGAGAAAUUUGCAGGAGUCCCUUGACGAGGUCACCGUAAAAGAUACGCUCGAAGGUGAUAACAUGUACACUUGUUCACAAUGUGGCAAGAAAGUGCGAGCCGAAAAACGGGCUUGCUUUAAAAAACUACCCCAAAUACUCUGCUUCAAUACAAUGCGCUAUACGUUCAAUAUGAUUACAAUGUUGAAGGAAAAAGUAAACACACAUUUUUCAUUUCCAAUGCAUCUCAAUAUGUCCGAUUAUGUUGAAAAAACUUUAAUGCCGCAUCAAUACAAAGAGGAUCGUGAGAAACGCAAGAAAAAAAUAGAAUCCAAUAAUCAAAAUGAAAAUAGUGAAGACAAUGCUGAAGCUGAUGGUGAUGACAUCGAGGAAUGCUUAGAAUAUGAGCUAGUAGGCGUCACUGUACAUACAGGGACUGCUGAUGGCGGCCAUUAUUACAGUUUUAUUAAAGAAAGAAACUUGUCGGCUUUACAACUUGAUCGUUGGUUUUUAUUCAAUGAUGCUGAAGUUAAGCCCUUCGAUCCAUCGCAAAUUGCGGCUGAAUGUUUUGGUGGAGAAAUGACUAGUAAAACUUAUGAUUCCGUAACAGAAAAGUAUUUGGAUUUUAGUUUUGAAAAAACAAAUUCGGCUUAUAUGCUUUUCUAUGAAAGGCGUUUACCAAAACACUUAAAAGAUCGUCAAGCCGAGCUUCUUACACCACCUUUCUUGCGUUUACCGCCUUUUUUGGAUAGCAAAGAGACAACGGUGGAAAUAAAAACUAAUGAAAUAGAAAAUGUUGAGGAAAUGACAGUAAAUGUCAACAAAAGUAGUGAGUCUAAAUUAAAUGAAACGGACAUAAAUAGCAAAAAUAGUAGCAGCAAUAAUAACAACGACAGUAGUAGUAAACCUUCAAGUACAGUUGAUUUAAACUCUUCACAAAAACAAGUAAAAACAGUUGCUGAAUGUGCACAGCAAAAUUCAGAACCACAGGCAUCGACAUCUGCGGCAGCUGUCGCAGCUGCAGCUAUUAAAUUAGAGAAAACAAUACGAAACUUGCCAGUGCUGAAUAAAGAAUUAGAAGACUGGAUUUGGGAAGACAAUAAACAAUUUUUACAAGAUCGUAAUAUAUUUGAGCAUACGUAUUUCAACUUUAUGUGGCAAAUAUGUGGGCACAUACCGCAAACGCUACUAAUACAAACUGAUGUCACUUGCAUGGCUGCUAAGCUCUCAGUGUCGUUUUUUAUUGAAACGUAUAUACAUGCGAAAGAAAAGCCCACAAUGGUCUCAUGGGUAGAAUUAUUAACAAAGCAAUUUAAUGCAAGUCAAGAAGCUUGUGAAUGGUUUUUAACACAUAUGUCCAUUGAGCCAUGGUGGCCAAUACAGGUGCUCAUACAGUGUCCUAAUCAAAUGGUGCGUUCAAUGUUUCAGAGGCUGGUUAUACACGUAAUACAGAGACUUAGAUCUUCUCAUGCUCAUUUAUAUUUAAGUACUAAGACUGAUGAUGAAGGAAAAGAGUUAAUGGGAAAUGCUUCAUGCGUGACGCGUUUUAUAAGUUCAUUGAUUUUGCUAAUGGAACAUGGUGCUAAGGCGCAUUUAAGAAAUCUGUCCGAAUUCUUUUGUUUACUUUUUGAAUUUUCACGUAUGGGCGAGGAAGAAACUUUUUUUAUGUUACACAUUGGUGUAAUUAAAAGUGUUGCAGAUUUCUAUUUGGGCAAUAAAUCACAGGAAAACAUUGAUGUUGGUUCUGAUAAUGAUGAUAAUUCUUCAGAUGAAGCGCUUUCCGUAGAUAAGACACGCCCGGCAUCAUUAGAUAAAAUGAUUGCUUUAGUUGCUAAUUUGGUUGAACGUUCACGUGGACAAGAUUUACGUUUGAAGCUACUACCAAGAGACUUCAAUGCAAUAGCAGGUGGCAAGGGUUUUCCAUUUUUGUAUCAGCAAAUUAAGGAUAAUAUUAAUCCACAUCAAACAAAGCAUUUAAUACAUGCACUUUGCCGGUGGGAUGAACGUUUGGCAAAUCAAAUAAUAUCAAUGUUGUUUGCAUCGGUAACGAAGCAUACGGAACUUUGCGGUCCAUUCUUUAAAUUACUCACAUUGCUUACUGAAACGCAAGGUGGACCAUCCGGAUUACCUUGCUUUUCACAAUUAGUGCUGCAGAGGGUUUGGGAUGCUGCUGAGUACUGUCCACAGUCAGCGCUUGAUUGGUUAGCGUUUCAGGCACCUAAAAAUAAAAUAGCACAUGCUUGGAUACUACAGUCGGCAGAAAAUUGGAUGGAACAAUUUUUGUUGGCUCAUAACAACUCUAGAGUAAGAAAUGCUGCUGCAUAUCUGUUAGUUUCUUUGGUGCCGUCUCAACAGUUUAGAGCGAAUUUCCGUACAUUUUCAUUACACAAAUUAUCUGCGUUAGCAAAUCAUGUCUCACGUGAAUUAAGUAGUGAUGCUCAAAUAAUUUUACAUAACAUCAUAAACCAUUUACUGCGCUUACUACGUCCUGCACGUGCCUUUGCUGAUAUCAGUACACAUGGUUCUUCGAAAUUGACUGCUUAUUUCAGCUUGUUGAGUUAUUGUAUGAUUUCAAAGACUGAAAAAUUAAUGAUUGGACCGUACAUGCGAGCUCUAUGGGACCUAUUUCAUCCUCGAUUGUCGGAGCCCAGUGUACCAGCUCAUCAAAAUAAGCAUGCUCUUUUGGCAUUUUGGCACCAUUCUCUUGUCGAUUGUCCAGAAAAUGCAUUGCUGAUUGCAAACUGCCAUGAAAUAACUCGAAAUAUUGCAUUUAAUUACAUUUUAGCUGAUCAUGAUGAUUCUGAGAUAGUUGCAUAUAAUAGGUCAAUGCUGCCCGCCUAUUACGGCCUAUUACGUUUAUGCUGUGAGCAAAGUAGACAGUUGACACGCCAACUUGCUUCCCAUCAAAAUUUACAAUGGGCAUUUAAAAAUAUUACACCGCAUCCCACGCAAUAUGCAGCAGCUGUAGAUGAGUUAUUUAAGUUAAUGAAUUUAUUUGCAACUCGGCAUCCAGAUGCUAGUGAUCAAGAAAAAAUUGAUGUAAAUUCAUUCCGACGUACAACACUAACAGCUUACCUGACGGGUUUAGAUGCUCGGGUGUCUUGGGGGACCCUUAUAAAUGCUUUAAGAAUAUUAGUUGAUAACGAUGAUGAUCGUUUGCUUGUAAUAUAUAAUGGUGGAAUAGAAAUGUGCUUUGAAGCUCUACAUACUUUACAUUCCAUGCAUCACGAAGCAACAGCUUGUCAUGUUGCUGGCGAUCUGCAAGAUUUAUUAGGUGAACUCGUUUUGCUUCUGACAACACUACGCAUUAAUUCCCGACUUGAUUGUUCAGCAACGAAAAAGCAACAACAACAGCAACUUGAACAACAAGCACAACAACUACAACAGCAACAUCAGCAGUUAUUACAAAAACAACAAGAGCAACUAAAACAGCAACAGGCCCAAGGUCCACCUCAAACACAACAACAAAAAGAGAAGCAAUUACAACAACAAAUGCAGCAACAUAUACAACUGCAACAAAUGCAACAACAAUUACAACAGCAACAUUUUUUACGUCAACAGCAUCAGCAAACAAACAUGCUUAAGGGUCUACCAGACGCUGUUAAACGUUUAGCCACCUUUUUAAAUACAUUUAACCCACCAGAAAUAUGUCGUCUAACACUCGAUGUACUAAAAGAACUUGUUCGCAAUCCAAAUCUUGAUGUUAUCAAUCUCUUAACACCGAUACUUGUAAAUUGCCAUCUCUCUGUUGCAAAUACUAAUACUGUUGGGCCGUUAGGUCCAUUCUUUCCACGUCGUGGUUCCAAAGCAGCUUGGUCCACAAUUGCAAAGAAUAUGCCUAGACCACCAAGACCGAUGGUUCAAAUGAGUAUACCACAAAGUGAAGUACUACAAAAAGGCAUAGACGAUGAAUAUGACAUGCAAUUGGAAGCCUAUUAUCGUCCAUAUCAUGAUUUUAUAGAUGUUUUAAUGCGAAUGGCUGUAAAUAACAAUCAGUUAAAUGAGACGUUGGUAAAACUUAGUUGUCUUGUUGCUAUUGAAGCUGCUUCGCUGCAUUUUAAUCUAUUUACAAAAUUUUGGGUGGGCAUCAAUAACAAUAAGAGCACGCAUAAAUAUACUGAGCUAUUAAUAAACUGUUCCUACUUAGUUGAGUAUAUUCAUAUUAUACUACGCGAUGAACGGGUGUCAUUGAACGAUAUCAGCAUUAAAAAUUUUAUGGAAAUAUAUUGUCCGAAGAUAUCAGCUCAUUUGCCUAUAGCUCGCUUACUAUAUACUAUUAGUUACGCGAUGCACUCAAAAGACGAACUGAAGGAUAUAUAUGGCGACUUGUUUGCAAUACGAGUAAUAGCACAAAGUACUGGCAUACCAACAACGGUACGCAAGCAGUUGAGAGGUUCACUUAAAGCUUUGUUGUCUAAACGCCAAUCGAAUCAAGAUUUUAAGGAUAUUGAAAAUCUACCAAAUAAAAAACCAAAAUUGGAAUCCGAAUCGGAAACCGAAUCCAAGAAUAACAAUGAGGAUUCGGAACUGCCACAAAAAGCAAAACACAAUGAUGAUGAUAUUGAAAUUUCCGGUAGCGAAGAAAAGCAACCGGAAAGUAAGGAAGAAGAAAAAAACAAGGAUGCAAAUUUGAAAGAAACAAAAUCUGACAUAAAUAUUGAUAAAAAGCAACCAACUACUAAUACAACAAACACCAAUUGCAGUACGAAUGCGAAUGCAUUUGCAAAUACAUGUUCAAAAGCAAGUGCAAAUAGUGAUGAAUCACCCACAGCAAAAGCGUCUACUGCAGAGGAAUCUAAUGAUGAUAGCGUCGCUUCAAGCAGUAGUACUGGUACUGUUAAAAAUAUAAACAAAAAGACAGCAGAAGAUCGAUUAAGAGAAGAACAAGAGAAGCGACUUAAAAUUAUGUCUUCAAUGGAAACGUAUAUAAAGGGAAUAUUAGCAUUAAUGCAGAAAGAAGAAAGCUGCAAUUCCCCGAGUCGAGAAAUUGAGGAGGACGAGAGAUAUGAUGAAUUGGAAAGUUUAGUUGCAACACCGACUAGUGAGGGCGGCGACGAUAAACAGGCCGCAGCAAAUCCAACCGGAACGACGCAAUCAAAGACAUUACCCAAAACAAAUGUAGCUCAAUCUGUACACAAAAGCACCGAAUGCUCAAAAUCAAAAGCAAAAGAAGGAAAUACCAAUGUAAAUUCUGCUGAGUCAUCUUCAACUGUAUCCACAUCGACUUCAACAUCUGAAAGUUCACAAAUUUAGUUAUCGUUUAAUGACUUGUUACAGAUUUUGUUUUUCGGCAAAACU